UUCUCGCCGGAGCCCGCGGGAGGAAGCGCGUGUGGAGCCGCCGCUCGGCAGGACUCUGAGGAAAAGCUGCCCCAGGUCGCACCGCCGCCAGCAUGGGCAAGGGAGACUCCAACAAGCCGCGGGGCAAGAUGUCCUCCUACGCCUUCUUCGUGCAGACCUGCCGCGAGGAGCACAAGAAGAAGCACCCGGACUCGUCCGUGAACUUCGCCGAGUUCUCCAAGAAGUGCUCGGAGAGAUGGAAGACCAUGUCCGCGAAGGAGAAGUCCAAGUUCAAGGACAUGGCCAAGAGCGACAAGGCCCGCUACGAGCGGGAGAUGAACUACGUGCCGCCCAAGGGCGACAAGAAGGGGAAGAAGAAGGACCCCAGCGCCCCCAAAAGGCCGCCGUCCGCCUUCUUCCGGUUCUGCUCCGAGCAUCGCCCCAAGAUCAAGGGUGAGCACCCCGGCCUGUCCAUCGGGGACACCGCCAAGAAGCUGGGCGAGAUGUGGUCCGAGCAGUCCGCCAAGGACAAGCAGCCGUACGAGCAGAAGGCGGCCGAGCUGCAGGAGAAGUAUGAGAAGGAUAUUGCUGCACCGCGCCCAGGGCAAGAGGGAAGCAGGAAAGAAGGGCCCUGGCAGGCCAACAGGCUCGAAGAAGAAAAAUGAGCCAGAAAAUGAGGACGAGGAGGAAGAGGAGGAUGAA